GCGGCCCUCAGCAGUGGCCGGAACUGGGAGGUGACUCCCGGCGCUGACGGCGCGAGCCCGGCCCGGGCUCCUGCUCCUCCCGCCAUGCUGUCCGGGUGCAGGCGGGCGCUGCCGGCAGCCCUGCGCCUCGCGGUGCGGGGCUGGGCAGGGGGCGGCGGCAGGAGGCGGGUCAGCACCAGCUGGUCCCCGGUGGGAGCCGCCUUCGAUGCCAAGCAGCAGCGCAGCCGGCUGACGGGCCAGAGCACGGGUCUAUUUGGUGUUCCAGAAUUGAGUUCUCCAGAAGGAUUUCAAGAAGCACAAGAAAAAGCAUUACAAGAAACAGAACAGCUAGUCCAGAAAGCAUGUACUACACCUCCUGGGCCACAGAUAGUAAUGAUCUUUGAUCAGCUUUCAGAUGCAUUGUGCAGAGUAGCAGACUUGGCUGACUUUGUGAAAAUUGCCCAUCCUGACUUUGCAUUCAGAGAGGCUGCUGAAGAAACCUGCAGAAACAUUGGUACAAUGGUAGAAAAGUUAAAUACAAAUAUCGAGCUGUGCCAAAGUUUGAAACAGUUGCUGGCUAAUAAAGAGGUUAUGGAUUCCCUAGAUCCAGAAACCAGGCAAGUGGCGGAACUUUUUAUGUUCGAUUUCGAGAUCAGUGGUAUUCAUUUGGAUGAAGAAAAGCGUAAAAGAGCAGUGGACCUCAACGUCAAAAUAUUGGAUUUAUGUAAUCAAUUUCUUAUUGGAGCUCACCUGCCCAACAAGAUUGACAAGCAGAUUUUACCAGAACACAUUCGCUAUAACUUUGCAGUUGAAGGCAAUUACAUACAAAUCACCGGUCUGCAUGCAGACUGUUCUGAUGAUCUGGUACGAGAAGCUGCUUAUAAGAUUUUUCUUUACCCAAAUGCUGAGCAACUGCGCUGCUUAGAGGAACUGCUUACCAGCAGAAACCAUCUGGCACAGUUAGUUGGCUAUAACACCUUUGCUCACAGGGCUCUUCAGGGAACAAUGGCCAGAACUCCAGAGAAGGUAAUGCAAUUUCUUGAAACACUUUCUGACCGAUUGUUUCAACGAACUCUAAAAGAUUUUGAAAUGAUGGAAGGAAUGAAGAUGAAACUUAAUCCCCAAAAUUCAAAAUUGAUGCCUUGGGAUCAUCCCUAUUACAGUGGUGUCCUGCGUGCUGAGAGGUAUAACAUUGAGCCCAGUUUGUACUGUCCAUUUUUCUCUCUUGGAGCAUGUAUGGAAGGUCUGAACUUCUUGUUCAAUCAGCUCCUAGGAAUCUCUCUCUAUGCAGAGCAAACUGAGAAAGGAGAGCUCUGGUGUGAAGAUGUUCGCAAACUGGCAGUUGUCCAUGAAAAUGAAGGUUUGCUGGGGUACAUCUAUUGUGACUUCUACCAACGAGCAGACAAACCACAUCAGGACUGUCACUUUACAAUUCGUGGAGGCAGGUUAAGGAAAGAUGGAGAAUACCAGCUCCCUGUUGUUGUUCUUAUGCUGAGUCUGCCCCAUUCGACUAGGAGUUCACCCACAUUACUAACCCCUGGCAUGAUGGAGAAUCUAUUCCAUGAAAUGGGACAUGCUAUGCAUUCCAUGCUGGGACGAACUCGGUACCAACAUGUCACUGGGACCAGAUGUCCUACUGAUUUUGCUGAAGUUCCCUCUAUCCUCAUGGAGUAUUUUGCAAGUGACUAUCGAGUGGUUAAUCAGUUUGCAAGGCAUUUUCAGACUGGCCAGGUCUUUUAUGCUGUCUUGGACCAACUCUACCAUGGGGAACAUCCUCUAAAGAGGUCAACCACAGAAAUUUUAAAGGAAACCCAGGAGAAAUUUUAUGGAUUACCAUACGUACCAAACACUGCAUGGCAGCUGAGAUUCAGCCAUCUAGUGGGAUAUGGUGCCAAGUACUACUCCUACCUCAUGUCCAGGGCCAUUGCCUCCAUGGUAUGGAAACAGUGUUUUGUGCAGAACCCAUUUGACAGGGCAAUGGGUGAGCGUUAUCGCAGAGAGAUGCUGGCACAUGGCGGUGGAAAAGAGCCCAUGCUCAUGGUUCAAGGUAUGCUUCAGAAGUCUCCUUCUGUUGAAGACUUUGUGAACGCCCUUGUUUCAGACUUGGAUCAGGACUUUGAAACGUUCUUCAUGGACUCAGAAUAACAUGGAACUGAACUGAUUGUUUUUUGUUUCACAGCUGUUCAUUGAGAAGUAGAAACAAAUAGCCACGGCAGUACUAUGUCCAUCAUUGUUAAGACUGGUCCUCUAUAAAAACAAAGUUAUUAUUUGUAGAAUCUUAAAAUAAAUAGUUUGUUUUAA